AUGGAGAAGUUAAAAGGCGCUCUGAAGGGAAUAUGCUCCCAGCUGAAUAGCGACAGUGAGAAGGAGAUCGAAAGGGGGCUGAAAGGCCUGUAUGGGCUGAUAAAAAAUAAUGGAGACCUCGCUGAGGAAGAUUACAACAUGUGUGUGGAUUUUUUAAUCGAAAAUAACUACCUCGAUGUGAUCAUUUUUGUGUUAUCCAUCGAGGCAGCGAAAACGAAGGGAACCAAGUCAGUGCACAACAUUAACCUGAGAUAUGUUGAAAUAAUUUUUUAUAGUUUGAAUUGGGUCCUCCGGAACAAGUUGGGGAAAACACACCCGGAUGAUGAGCGCCAAAAUAGGUUUGUCAAAUCAGAGGCCUUCCGAAAUGUAGGUCUUUUCCUCUGUGAACAAAUGAACCUUCUCGAAAUUGCAAUUCUGAGCAACUUCAGUUAUAACCGCAUAUUUAUUUUAAAUGUCAUUUUGCAUCUUUUCCUUUUCCAUGAGAAGUUUCAUUUUGUUUUGCGUUCCUCCUCGUUGAUAUUAAAUUUGAUUGAAUUGAAAAAGAACCUCAAAACUGUUUCCGAGUUGAAGAGGAAAAAUGAGUUGACCCAUUUGGAGGACAGUGGGGAAGAGCUCGAUGACGUGAUUGACGAAAAGGUGGAGAGGGCAAAGCGGGAGAGCCUCGAUGGGGAGGAAGAUGAAAGUGUUCCAACGGGGGAUGAGUCCCUUUUGGGAGAAGCCUCACAAAAUGGGGACACAUCAGAGGGGGGGAACUCUCGUGAUACAAAGAAGGGGCGCAAGAACAACCCCACACGUGAUGGCCGCACCAAAGAGGACGAAACUCUUCUUUGCAGUUACAAUUUUAAAAAUGAGGUAGUUCUCCUGUAUAAGCACCUACUCUACGGGGGCGCCGCAUGGGUAGUGGCAAAUGAGAGGGAAAAAAAUAGGGAGGUGGAAAAUUGCGAGUUUUACGCAGAAAUGUUAGUGAAGAAGAGAAACGGGAAAACGAAAAUGUUUAAGGAAAAAAUUGUAGAUAGGAAAAGGGGGAAGGAAAAAAGAAAAAAUCGAAAGCGAAAGCGAAGUAGAUGUGCCGCUGAUGAGGCAGACCCGAAUUGCAGAGCCGUCGGAAAGGCCGAUUUCGACGCAGUGCGGGUAGCCUUUCUAGUCAUGUGUGCCUACUGCUACUUAGAUAGCACGAGGAGCGACAAAAUACACACCUACUUUCACACGAUCUGUGAGGAGAUACGCAAAAUAUACUGUAGCAGUGGGGAGGAGCUACGACACUACGUUAUUCUGUGCCUUUACAAAAUUUUGGAAAAAAGUGAAACGUAUAAAAAUAUGAACGUUUUCUUCAAUGUGAUAAAAUUGGUGGGAAUUUUCUUCAAUGAUGUGCAGAGCGAGAUGGACCCGACGGUACUGUUUUUUAUAAACGAGUUGUUAAAGAGGAGGAAGUUCAGCGAAAUUUACAAAAAUGCAAAGUUUAAUUGUAAUUGUAUCUUCCUUUUGAAGGGUUCGCAUGGAGAGGAGGAUGAAGCGGGGCAGGAAGAAAAGAGGGGGAAAAAAAGGCGUUCCCCAUGUGACUCUUCCCCCACCGCAUCCUCCUACUACUUAACCGUAAAUUGCAACCGGAAGGAUGGGGGAGGCGAGCUAGCCAACAUGCAUGAUGAUUUGUUCGAUGGCACCACAAACAUGCAAAGUGAGAAGUACGCCCAAGUGAGAAAUAAACUGUUCGUGAUGGGAGUGCAAAAAAGGGACAUUCGUCGAAUUUGCCUCAUCUUCGCCAACCUAGAAAUGUAUAUAGCCACCUGCAUCAGGGAAACGAAGCAGUACCUAAUCACGCGCAAUGUGAAGGAGGACGAAGAGGUUAUUCUGUUGAGAGAUAAGUCCUACAAUGAUGAAAAGCAAAUCCAGAAUAAGGUGAAUAAUGCUUUUCUCUCCUUCCUAACCGACUUAAAAAUAAAAUUUUUUAUUAACCAUUAUAUUGUUCUAAUCAGCAUAGAAAAGUACCAGCAUUUUAUCAACCUCUACUAUGGCAGCAGCAAACUGCACGUCUUAACAUGUGACGACAACCUCUUUUUGUUUCUGCUUCUUUUCGUUGAUGUGAGUAAAAUAUUCUUCGUGCAUAGGACCAAUGGGGGGAACACCCACAAAAGGGGGGGGAAAGAAAUGGGCCGCUUACCCACCCAAGUGAGUAGAUACUUCUCCCUUCUUUGUAGCGACAUGCAGGUGAGCAGCAGAAGUGGUACCAACGUAGGUGAUGGCAUAGCCGAAGUGUGCCAUGAUGAGGGGACCACCGCACUUGCGACAAGUGAGAGGAAGAGAAAGAUGGGCAACGCACCGCCGAGCAAUGAGGAGGGGGACAAUAUGAGAAGGAAAAAAAAGAAACUAGAAAGAAGCAGCAGUGAGUUAGUAAACAACAGGUGCGCGAACAAAUCGGGGGAAGCUUCCCCCACAUUGCUGCAACACAAAUAUGCGUACCAACGUGUCAAUAGCGAAGUGGUGCGAAAUACAAAUUUUUUACAGCUUUGUGGAGAGGUAAUUCAUUACAAAGUGCUUAUCGAAUUGCACGACGCGCUUAAAGAGGGAUCUACAGAAAACAGCGAAGGUGCGAUAAUCGACCGAAGGGUAGUGAUGCAAAAUGUGAAAGAAGCCAACAGUUAUCUGCACCAUUUGGAGAACGAAUUAAAUUACAAGAAAAAAAUUGAAGAAGUUUUGUUUUUUUUCAUCCCCGUGAAUGUUACCAAGUAUAUUGUAGAAAAGUUCACCAAGAGGGAUAAGCAGAAUUAUUACAAUUAUUUUAUUAUCUGCUACUUGCACUACACGUUCGAAAUUUACAAGUGCGUUUCUAUGUUUGUUUUGUCCCUUGAUUCGUUUCUGCCCUUCCCUCAAGGGGUGAACAAAAUCGUUUUGAUGAACAGGAUAAAGGAGGAUCUAUCGCUCGCUUUUUACAACCUCGUUAGUUCGUACUACCUAUUCGACAUUGCCUAUAUAAAUAGGUACAUUAUAAAUGAGAUUAAGGGGGCGCAAAAUAAUGAGGUGGGAAGGAGGGAUGCCCGUGAUGGUGGAAAGUUUGGAAAAAGAAACAAUCUGCCAGGUGCAGGCAGCACUUUUGAAGUUGACCCUUCGCACGAUAGCGACUCGGAUGACUACACCUUCAACAUCGGCGCCAAGGACCACGAAAUGGUGAAUGCGAGAAGUGAAAAAAAUCAGGAAAAGCGAGAGCACAUCCUCCAGCUGCACUACUUCCUAAAUGACGUUCACAUAUAUGCGGACAAUUUGUACGUGUACCAUUUUAUGCUAGUCACCAACUUUGUUAACCUCUUCGACGAUUGCGAGUUGAAGAAAAAAUUAUUAAAUGAGCUGUACAGUCAGAAGAGAAUUAUAGAAAUAAGAAGCUUUGAAUUGUUUGCAAAUGUUAACGAAAAUGUGUACGGGAUAUUCCUCAAGCUGUUUUUCGAGAAGUGUUAUUUCCCCCUCGAAAGUUACCACCUGUUGGAUAAUUUGUUCCCCAUUUUGGCGUACUACAAGAAGAGGGUACUUUCACCAAAUGAGGAAUGCUCGGCAGAUGUGCCGCUGGCUUUUUACUCCUUCGUGGAGACCCUUCUGCACAGAAUGCUAAGGAAGACGAAAUUUUUCGACUCCCCCCAUGUGGAUGAUGUACUUUUGUUUUUGAAUUUUUUGAGGGCCAUUCGUAGCUUGCGCCAGUUCGUCGUUGCGCUGUCCGUUUUUUGCCGCCUUUUUAACUUGCACAGAAGUAGGGCGGUGCACCUCGACAGGGGUGCGCCUAGUGAAGCUUCCGGGGAAGCGCCCAAGGAAGCCUCCAGGGAAGUGUCCAUCGAACCGUCCAUCGAAGCUGCCAGAGAAGCUUCCGUCGAAGAUACCAUCCAACCGGUGGGGAAGCGUACAAACGAAUUCCCAAAGGAGAAGCCGCUUAAGGGCGAAGCCUCCCCCUUUUUCGGGCUCCUAGUAGAGCUGCUCUUCACGAGCAACUUGAACUUCGCCCUGAAGGGAAUACCAAUUAUGAAGGUCAUCAAGGAGGAGAAGCAGACCAAGGGAGGCGCCGGCGAUGCGUUCGAUUACACCCUUGAGGACAUCGUACAGGUGUAUGUGAACUACCUGGAUUAUGUAAAAUAUGUUUUGCUGCUGAACCCUUAUGUGUAUCCAAGCGUGAGGGAAAAGUUAAAGAACCAGAGAAGUUUAGGUGAACUCUUUUGCGCCUUUACUAGGAAGAAGGACCUUUUACAAACUGGGGAAAACCCCUGUGAUAGCCAAAUGGGGGGAACUACACCCAGCAAUAGCACCUCGUUUAACCAACCGAGUGGGAAACCCCAAUCGGGUGUAACCAACAUGGUGGAAGGGUCCCAAGAGAAAGUAGCCUUCCAGAAUGAAGCGAACAAACAGAAGGCUGCUUUUAUCACUUUUGCAACAUUUUUGCAAAGCGUAGAUGCCUUUUUAGGGCAAAUUGAGAAGGUUCAAAUGGGGCAGAAAAGUGUGGCAGAGUACCGGGAAGAAAUAAAGCAGCUCUGCAGUGAGGCACGCAAAGAGGGUGUCACGAACGAGGCAAGUAAUAAUCGAAGCGGUUCCUUUUUUUUUAUGCAAAGUGAUAAGCAUUCGAUUGAGAGGGACAUUACGAAGGGGGGCGAAACCAUGUUGGAGAUUUAUUUGAGGCACAAUAACGUUGCUUCUUAUUACACCAGCGUAGGGAACCUGGAGGGCACGAAGAAAAAAUGUGAAGAAGCUGAACUGCUGCUUUACAACCUGUGCAAUGUUAGCACUUUGAUAGUUAACUAUUUCUUUACCACUUAUGUGUACCUUAACGGUGACGGCAAUGUACUCUCCAACACGCUGCUCCAUUUGAUUGAAAAAAUCAGCAAAACGGUGGAGGUGUUCCUAACCCUGAGUGCCAAUGUAAAUACAAUCAUUCAUGCAUUUGUAGAACGCACAAGAAGGUACGAAGAUGUUAAGAAUGUAAUCGCUAGCUGUGGAAGUAGAAAAGAACAAGGGGAUCAAAAAUAUGAUGUAAAUAAUUUCUUUCAAAAGGUGCGUAAUUUAACGAAGUCCAUGUGUUCUUUAUUUGUUCAUAUUUUUAAAAAUGGAUUAUUUGUAAAGCUAUUGAAUCAUUUGCAGAAGGGACUUAAAACGAAUCGAGUUGUUCUCCACCACUUCGCGCAUCUUAUCCUGUGUUAUGUGGGGAAAAGCAUCCAACUGUUUAAUCUAAAAAGGGAGAGACAUAGGCGGCUGGUGGGGGAGAGCCUCGUUCGUUUGAUUCAUAUCAUCGCGGAAGAGGAUAUACACAAGGGGGACGAACAAAUUAGGGGGAAAUUGUCCCUCAUGAUUUUGUCCUUGCUGCAGAUGUUAGAUGGGAAGGAAUGCUUUAUGAGGAAGUUAAUCGUGGGAAGCGCUUCCUCUAAGGGUGACCGCAACCAAACUGAGAGUGAUCCAAAUGGGGGAGAACCCCCCACGGGGAGCUGCAGAUCAUUUCUUUUGAAACAGAUUGCUCUCUUUUUCGUCAACCUUAUGCGUAGCGAAAAGGAGAGAAGCGAUUUCAAGGUAGGACUAAAAAAUGGCAUAAAAGGUAUACACCGAAGCGGCGCCAUCGCGGUGCCCCUACUGAUUGACACCAUCACGCGAGACGAACGUUUGGAAGGCGAAACCGGCGAUACCCUAAAUGAGCUGUGCAAGUUGUACGUUAAGAAAUGGUACGGCGAUAGCGGCUGCCCGCUCAGCUGCGCCAUUGUGGAAAGAGUUAUUCGUCACGGCCUCAGGGGGGGGGGAAAUGGCACCUCCGAUAGAAGCACCACCGAUAGAAGCACCGACAACCAUUGCUUCUUUCGGGGCAUCAAAAACGAGCGAACAGUUUUGCAGCAACGUGGGGAUGUCGAAAGAGAAGUGGAAGCACAUAUCCUGCAGAACUACGUGGCCCAUUUCGAUUUGAAGGCCCCCCCAGAGGAAGCAGCCUGUAGCAACGCGAAGGAGAACCACAUUUUUAUGAUUUUUCUCUACCUGCUGGAAAAUAAGUACACCCAUCCGCUGUUCGACCAAAUUGACAGGCACCUUUUAGAGAGCGUAACGCAUGAGGAAGUUUUUAGGCUGCCUCGAAAAAACUUCUCAGCCAUGCUAGCCGAAAUUUAUUUGAAAAAAUUUGCCCACGCAUACAAAUCUGUUUGUAGAAGGCGAAACAGAAUUAGCUUUCUGUUGCUUAGCACGAAGAAGGCGAAAAAUAAAAACUGCCUAUUUAUAGCCUUAUCCGUUUUGUACUUUUUGGGAAACAUGCUAAGCAGGAAAGAGCGAAUGAUACAACUGCGUCGAGAGUACGGCAAGGACGUCGUGAGGAGAAUAUGCGAAGUUGCGUUCUUCUACUUUUAUGGCUACUUUUACAAAAAUGAUAUUCCAAAGGGGGAGCGUAUGAUGCGGUGCUACGAGAGAGUUACCUUUUUUGUCUUCAAAGGGGUUUUUAAAAGCUUGAAAAGGGGCGGCGCAGAAGGGGGGCGUAGAAAUAGUGCAGGUAGUGCCACUUCAGGGGACCAAAACGGGUGCGUCAGAAAUAUCGCAACUGGUCGCAAACAUUGGAGGGUAUCCAACUCUGUGGAAAUGAGCAGUCGCCCCACCCAACAUGGUCAUAACAACGCCGUUAACCAAGGAGGGAACGGCGGCGACACGAGACCGAAUGAGAGUUUCCCAAAUGGCACGGUAGGAAGAAGAAACGAUCGCUGCAUUUUGCUGGUUCUACUUUUGCAGAUGCUGAACCAGAAUGUGGGGAAAUUCAAUCUCGAAAGGAUGGUGGGUGACCAUCUGUGCGAUCUGCUAACCGACUUAGCGUUCUGUGCAAGGGGGAAGAAAAACCAUUUCUACUAUGAAAAUGCAAUGAAGAACUACAUGUACAUUUUUAGUGAGCACGAUGUGGGUGACCUGAAAAAGGACAAAAAAUUGUACGCCGUUUUUUACGCCUUCUUUUUGCUCCUCAAAUAUGUGAAGUUAAGAAACUUGGGCGCGCUAACAUUGGUCGAGGCGUUUUUCAGAGAUGCGCAUGUGGGGAGGCUAAUCGUGCAGCAGUUGGAAGAGUUUAGGGGCGAACGAGGGGUUGGGAGAACCACCCAUGGGGGGGGAAGCCAUGAUGAGCGCGAUGAUGAGAGCGGUGGUGAUAACGGGGAUGAGCGCAAUGAUGGUUGCGGUGAUGAUUGCCAUCACGGAAGUAGGGACGCCCUCCUGUUCGUCCUAAAACUGGUAAAAAUAUUCUACGAAGAAUGGUAUGACGAGCGCGGGGAGAAGGCGCCGCAAACGCAAGCCAUAUGUUUGAAAACGCUAAACAGGGAUCUAUUCAACGCACUGAAAAGAGCGUACAGGUACACCCUCGAAAGUGUGGAUGUGCACAUAAGGAGCAUUUUCUUCGUUGACAUUUCGCAUUAUUUAAAGUCAGUCACCAUGGAGAGCAUCCUGGAUAAUCAGCUAAUCGAUGAAGUAUUGAAAUUUAAAGAAUUUAAUUUAAAUAAUGAUGGGAGCUACGACUGGCUGAAUAUGAACACCAGCAUGCUCAAUAAGACGUGCCUCUACUUCUAUCUGAAUGAAAAUGUGCGUAGGAAGUUGGAAAGUGGAGAGAACCACUUUUUGUUUUAUCUGCACAUGAACAAGUCAGGGCGGAGCGAAUGUUGCGAGAGGGAGGUGUACCCACCGGGGGAGGAACUCAGCCACGACGCGGUUGGCGGGGGCGAUGCGGAUGGUCCCAGUUGUGUCCAAUCGGAUGAGAAACAGUUAGGAAAGCAAAAAGAAGGGAUUCACAAUGACUACCACCAAACGGACUGGAAGAUGCAAAAAGGGGAACUCCUGCUGAAGCGUUACAAGACGAAACUCCCACAUUGCAUAAUGAGCCAAAAUGAAUGUAUCAAAAGGGAAGCGUUCUUCUUAGCACAUAGAAUAAAAUUGGAAGAUAACAUUUAUGACUACCUCUUUUUGCUGUGCUUAAUAGUUAGCAAGUUGAUUUUUUGCUUUGUGUUGAUGGCCGAAAAAUUGAGGAUUUUUUUUUACCACUUUAGAAUUUUGUACACGUCGUACCGCCAUGAGAAUGUUUUUUUAAAUUUCGACUUGCUAAAUAUGCAGGAGAUCAACCGGAAGAUAAAGAGCUACAUAAGGAAGUACCCAGAUAUUCAUUUCUACAUAGACUACGACAAUAACGAGGAUGAGGAAAGGGGGGGGGCACACGGGAGGGGAAGCCUGGUUUGCGGUGACCUGGGAAACUACUCCCACACAUAUGAUGGCAACAAUGGCGAAGCGGAUCCGCACAACAGUUACAACGGAGGGGUGCAUCGGACGAACGAACACACGAAGAGAGGCUUCCCCUUUGGAAGCUCCAACAAACUUAUCUCGUACGAUGAAGAGAAGGAACACUUUUACCAUUUGAAGAAAAACGAGAAAAGUAAUAGCAACUGCAAGUUUUGCAUCAAAUUUAAACAAAUCCACAGCGUGCAUAGAUCCACAAGAAUUUUAGAUCUACUCGAUAAGGAGGAAAAAACGAACAUCAAAAAUAUGAUUUACUAUGGAAAGACCAUUCGAACGAGCAUUUUUAUGAGCAGCCCGUAUGAAGGUAACGCGUACAAGAAUUGCAGUACAUUUAGGGAGGAGCCACGGGAUGAAAAUAAUGAAGAAGCUGAUGAGGACACUGCAGAUGGGGAUAACAAACGGAAUGGUGUUGGCAAUGAGAGUGGCAAUAACGUAGGUGCUGACCCGGAGAACUCCUCCAAUGAGAAGGAUCCGCGUGACGAUCAGCAUAACGAUCAGCGGAACGACCAGCAGAACGGGGUCGAGGGAAACCACACGGAAAGGAGCGCCACGAAGGAGAAAACGUUCGCGAAAGGGAAACUAGCUAAAAUGAAGAAGAAUCACCCCAGCAGCAGCAUCAACGCGGACUGCAUAGUCGACAGUAGCGAUCUACUGUACGGAAGAAAAAUGAAAGAAAUUCAUUUUAAAAAGAAUUACAAAAAGUUACUAAAGAGAUAUCUACUAAACGAUAUUGACUUCUUCGGGAAAUGGAUAAAAACAUUCUCCAUGAAUGCUUUGAAAAUUUUAAUAUUCUGUUUGAGUAGCAACGACAUCAUAGUGAGGAUGAUUAGCAUAAAGGGGUUGUCCAUUUUUUACCAGCUGAUUGAGAAUUCGUUUGUUCUCUAUAAAAUUAGGAAGCGAUUAAAUUCGUUUAGGAGAUCUGGCGGCGUGACUGGGCAGGCGGAAGAAGCCGGUCAUCACGGCGUGAUGUGGAAAAAUAGCCUUUCGCAAAGGUACCACAAUAGUGGCAGUACCAUGCACAGUAGUGCGGGCCGAAAGAAGAAGCAACGGAUGCUGGUAAUUCCCUUUAAGGAACUAUUUUAUUUGUUCUUUUUUAUGAAGAAAUUAAAAUAUUCGGUAGACCCAAACUCGUACUACAUAAACCCCUGCGUGUCGACCUACUCCUUUUUUUUAAUAAACGACAUUUACAAGAAAAAGGGCUUCAGGGAUUCCUUGAAAAACCUGAUUAGGAACAAAACCUUUUCGGUUCAUUUUUUCCACGCGUAUUUGGAUUACCAAUUUAGGAAGACGAAUUUCACGUCGCUGAAUGUCAUCAAUUUUUUGAUCAUAUCAACGCAGGCGCUUUUCUCCACGAGGUAUGACUUGCGGGGGAGCGGCCGCGAGAUCGAGGGGGGAAGCGGCAACACAUUUGGUGAUGAGGAGGGUGCGGAUUAUCAGCAGGGGGACGGCCAAAACUAUGAUGAGGAGGAUGCGGAUUAUCAGCGGGGGGACGGCCAAAACUAUGAUGAGGGGUAUGCGGACCACCGGCAGGGUGGCGGCGAAGAAUGUAACGGAUCAUACGCACCUCACAAACCAUAUGGAGGAUCCUCUGUGCAGCAGCAUGAUGGGGGCUACUCCACCCGAAAUGCAAAUUACACCACCGCGUAUGAUCAGAAUGGUGACUAUGUGGAAGAGAACCCGUACCAUGGUGGUUCACACGGGCAGCGGAAAAGCAACACCAUCGAUAGGAGCUUCUUCGCAACGUCCAACGUCAGCCACAGAAUGGUGUACGAUUUUCAAAAUGAGGAUGACGAUGGGGAGGAAGCGAAUGAGCAGAGAAAUGGAGUUGCCAAUAAAGAGGAGGAGGAAGAAGAGGAAGCGACGGACAAACUGCGCUACAUUCAGGGGAAUCAUAAAAAUGCAAUAAAAACGAUUCUGAACAUAUUAAAUAAAAAUAACAUUUUCGAGAUUUACCUGACCAUGUUUUUUAGCAAUUAUCUGAACUACAAUUUGUUGAAGAAGUUUUUAAUUCUGCUAGUCAUGUGUAGUGGCGUGUUGCCUUUAGAGGAUAUGCCGUUUGACUGCGUGGGGGGUGGCGACUCGGAGGAGAGCAGGCGCAACGGAGGUAGUGAUGGCGAAGCGGAGGAGCAGCAAAACGGUGGUGAUCACGUAUUCUAUGGUGAAGGUCGCGCACAAGAGAACGGGGCGAACGGGGUUGGCGGCACGAACCAGAACAACUGCGACGUGGCGUACUACGUCAAAAACAACCUCGUGCUGAAGCUGAUAAGCAGGAACAACAUCCUGCUAUGGCUGGAUCGAAUGAUGCACCAGAAGUUGUUCCAAGACGAAAUAGCGUUUUAUUAUCCCUCCUCCUUCACGAUGCCCGUGAUAAAUGUUUACGACACGGAUGGUCGAAAUGAGGGGCUUUACCUGAGCACCGUGGACGUUGAAGCGGAUUGCUCAGGAGGGAAAGGCGAGGGGGAAGUGGCCCCUUUCGGAAAAUGGGGUCGCAGCUGUACGUCCAACAAGGGGGAAUUAUCCAUGAAAAGCCGGAUGCACAAUAGAGAGUCAGAAGGAGGAUCGUUAACGGAAGUGGAAAAAAACGAAACAGGGAAAGUCAAAGCAACACUAAAUGAUAAGAGGAGCAGCAGGGAGGAGGAAGAACCCCUUUCCAUUGUACUCUCCAACCAAACGCACAUAGGCAAAAUGACCAAAAAUCGCUACAUAAUGGGCUACGUUUUUAAAGAGAGCUACGAAAAAACGUCGGAAAUAUUCUUUUACCUCUCCCUCUUCGUAAGUAACAUCGUUUCGAAUUUGUUCUACCCGAGUGUGGACUACGCCAAUAUAUUUACAAAUGCGCUUUUGAAAAAGGAAAAAAAAAAAAUAAAAAGGUUUAUACUAAAUAACGCCCAGAAGGUGAUCAGCCAAAAAGGGGAACCAAGUAAAGGGAACCAAUUCGAGUUGUGGAAUUUCUGGUACAGCAAUUUCCACAAGUACAUUUCUCUUAAAGUGAGAAGCACGUUCAUUAUAGGAAAGGAAGCAAGCCAUUUGAAAAAAACAAAUUUGAAUACCUUCUCAGAUUUGAUAAAAAUUAUAAAAAAUUUGAAUAGGAGUUUGUACUACAUUUUUAUCAACCUGUUUCAUAAGGAAUAUUUUAACCUCUUCAUUAAGGGAAAGAAUCAAGGGGUGGGAAAAGAGAGUGCGAAGCAGAGAGGGAGAAACCUAACUGCCGAUCAUACAACGAACAUUAGAGAGAUGAAACAGGCUAAUUUGAAAACAUGUAGAACCUUUAUAAAGUACAUAUUUCUUAUGUUCAAUAAUUUAUUUAACAUUUGCACAAGUUUGUUCGAUCGGGGAGUUCCAAACGGGGAGUUCGCGCAGAAUUCCAUUUCGACCAAAGUGGCGGUGGAAGAAUCCUUUUUAAAUGAAGACCUCAGUUUUGUGCUCAACGAGGUGAUGGUUUUUCUCGAAAAUGUGGUAGUCCUUCAUAGCUACUUUAGUUCUUAUGGCUUGAGAAAAACGUCUAAACAGAAGAACCAUUUGGAGAAUAAGCAACGUCGAAGGGGCAGAAGGGCUAUAGGAAGUUACUACUUAGAUGUGCACAACACGCUGCUGAAAAGGACGUACGCAAAAUCGCCAAACAGAUCAAACUACGCGUACUACCGAAAAAUAAUUCAACUCGUUUUGCACAUGCUACGUAAAAAAUGCUACAAUGAAAAUAAGCACUUUGGUUAUAUCUUCCUAAAUAAGCUAAUUACGGUUUAUCACUUUUUGGAAGGCACCAGCAGAGCAAAGGUGUAUCUGUACAUAUAUGAGUUGUUCAGAAUGACUAAGAGGAACCCCCUGGAGUCUUUGCUAAAUCAGGUCCUUUGA